AUUAAAAAUCGAUGUUUCUCACCGGAUACUUGCAUAGGAACUACGAAGUAACGAACGCCAUUCGAUAACUGAUAAGGGCAUACUUUAAACUUUUCAGUACCUGCGAUAUUCGAAUCCGAUGCCGGCUUUUAUAAUACGAACAGAACUGCAUUUAUGUUUAUUUUAAAGAUAUAAUUUAUUUAUCCCUUUAUAUAAUCGGUGUUGUCAUCGCGGCAAGAUAAAAUGUAAAUAUUCGUUGACAGACGAGUGCAAUUCGGUUAAAAUUUGUGUGAAAUGGGCUCGUCUGUGAAUUGGGAGGAGAUCCGAGGAGAUGACUUGAAUUUGUCGUAUUGUCACCAUUUUCUCGAACCGGAACGUGCGACCAGCCUCUUGAAAACCCUCGAGUCGGAAUUGGUGUAUUUUUCCGGAGAUAAGGCCAAAAUCAAAAUAUUCGGGAAAUGGAGAGACAUCCCAAGGCAGCAGGUUGCCUUUGGCGACCCAGGGCUUACGUACACCUUCUCCGGGCUUUCAGUGCCGGCGCUCGCUUGGCCUAAAGUCCUCGAGGAUUUGCGGGACGAGAUCUAUGACCGGAUAGGGACAUACUUUAAUUUUGUCCUUGUCAACAGGUAUCGGGACGGUAGAGACAACAUUGGUGAGCACCGUGAUGACGAGAAAGAACUGAAUGUCAAUUCGGGUAUCGCAUCGCUGUCUUUAGGACAAGCCAGAGAUUUCGUUCUGAGGCAUAAAGAUUUGAAGAACAAAAUUCGCCACGUUCCGCCGGUCAAAGUGAUCUUGGGCCACGGUAGCCUUCUUCAUAUGAAACAUCCUACAAAUUCUUUCUGGUACCACUCCUUACCUCCGAGGAAAUCUCUUCCGGGGGUGAGAAUCAAUCUUACUUUCAGGUCAAUUACAAGACAGAAGGAAAGACCAUCAUUGAGGAAGAAUUCAUUAUAAAUUAAUUAGUCUUCUUGCCCUACACAGUUAUCAUAAUUUGUUUAUAUAUGUUAUAAUAAAAUAAUUUAAAAAACAAA